GCCCGCCGUUGUUGUACUGGUUGCGUCCCGGGGCUAAGUCUAUAGUCCUAAUCCUCUAGCACAGCCUACUACUUUCAUCCUCUACAGUAUAUCUUCACUUAUAGGCUGGCGGCACGAUCUACGUCUGCAUAUAAACACCUCUCCCACAAAUGGUUGACUCUAUCCAUUAGGUCUACUCAUACUACAGAACAUCUCUUCCAAUUUUCUCACACUAUCACCCAUGAUCUCAAUCUAGGACUCUGUGAUCUCCUGCAUGUACCAUGCCGUUCCUUUCCAAAGUACUUUCGCGCUUGAACGAGGGCGAGAAAGAGAAAGAGGCCGAAGUCGAAGCCGAACGCAAAGCCAAUGCGAACGGCAGCCUUGCUCCUCCGGCGUACGCUCCGCCAGCAUACCAGGCAGAGGAUGCGCUGGGACCGCCCGAUAUCACCGCCGGCUUCAGCAACCUCAACCUCUCGCAGACGAACAAGGACGCCUUUCCGACUGAAAGCGAAGCUAUCGCGCAUCUAAAGUUAUUGGAAUGCUUCUACCGGCUCCGACAGAAGAUCGGCUCGACGGACGGCCUAUUCGGUAUCGACAACAGUGCCGUUACGACGCACAUUGACCCAAAGAGCGACAAGGCUGGCGAGUUGAUGGCGAAACUUGCCGAGAAACGAUGGGCCAUCUACCUCACCCGCGCAGUCGACCGCUAUGAAGAGUGGCUUCAGGCGUUGCUGCCGAAAGCGCAGAUGCCACAGAUGUCGCAGCUGGCACGGGAUGGCUCCAAGGGUCUACUCUGCGAGCCGACUGGGUUUCCGCUUCGCAUACAUCGCGAAUAUCUCCCACCUGUUGACGUUCUCAUGGUUUGGCAUGCACACAUGCUCAAUCCUCGAGCCUACCUCGAAGACUGCUUGCGCUAUGGUCGCAUGCAACUCUGGCAUGCAGGCAUGCAAUGGCAGGCUGUGGCCGAGAGCAUCGACUCCGGGACUUUUACCUACGGACCUGGUGACAGUGCCGUUGCCAGCUUCUACGCUAGCACCCAGCAGCCGUGGGACAAUCUUGAAGGCCGUGAGAACAGAGAGAUCACUUGCCCGGGUUGUUGCAGAAGCAUCCUUGCGCCGUGGACGACCUCGCACUCUUCCGCACCCACAACGAAAGGCUCACUGAGCGAACAAAAUCUCGAGUCCACGGUUGAUGGAAUGCUCGGCUCAGGCACCGGCUACUGCGACAAGGACUUCAAGGUCAGCUGUCCAGACUGCGCUUUGAGCAUCACCCACGACCGGCUGCGGGCCGCUAAGUUCUGCAGCGACGUGGGAAAGCUCCUCACAGGAGAUAUACCAAUGGGCGGUACGCUGUUGGGCGUCGAUGGUGUUCCUGGUAAGCCCUCCGGCGUACCAGAGUCUACGGCCAGUCGAAUGGCAGCCAUUACGAACGUGGGCUUUACUACUUGGCCCAACGAAUUCCUCAAGUGCGGCCUUGGUGUGAGAAUUUUGGAAGCAAAUCCGAAGGCGGGCACUGUCAAGAAUGAAGCACGCCAGCCUGCUCGCACGUAUGAGUGCAUACAAGACAUUAGGACUGCUUUCGAUGAAGCGAUCGAAGAUAAGGCGUACAUGCGUACUGCGCGUGACAGUGCCAGCCAUCGAAUGAUUCGAUGGGAGAAGGUCGGAAUCCGGAGGAUGAUGAGCCGGUACUGGGACAACAGCUCACCCUUCGCCCUGGAUCUGGUUGGCGCUGUCGUGAGACAAGGCGAGUUCGUUACCAAGAUGCACAAUAUUGACUGGCUGCACUCUCCCGCCUUGCAGAGCACGAUGAGACGCCUGCUGAAGAAGUACGAGCGCUUCGUCCAAAUCAUGGCGAACGGUGGGCAUAUGGCGGUACCGACGCUGGAUGUUGAUCUGGCCUGGCACACGCACCAACUGAGCCCGUAUGGCUACAUGAAGUUCACACUUGCGGAGACGAAACAGUUCAUCGAUCAUGACGAUAAAGUAGCCGAGACAGCGCUCAACGACGGAUUCGCGUGGACGAGCAAGACCUACCAGAAGAUGUUCGGGGAGCCAUAUUCGGAAUGUACUUGCUGGUAUUGCGAGGCCGUGCGUGAAUCGGUUACAAGCGUCGGCAGCCGCCUGUUUCAAGGCAAACAAUAUCGAAUCCGUGACCAACUGCACGAAACGUCGUCUAAAGCGGCCAAGAGUGCACAUAUUUCUACACACAACGCAGUAAGACCGCAAGACGACACCGGAAAGUACGAUCUUGCCGCGAAGAAGCAGGCAGAUAAGCUCGAUGAAGCGUACAGGAGGGCGUGUGCGCGCGCGGUGAAAGAAGGAAGAGAGCCGCCGAGGAAAGAUGAAUACUAUUGGUCCGAAGCUUGGGGCUAUCCAGUCUACAUUCCGAUCUACUCCCCAUACGUUGGCGCCAUGCCGUACGUUGGUGGUUACUACCCAGUCAAUCCGGGCUGUAUGGCCGUCGCUCCAGGCGCCGCAGGGAACUGCUGCACGGGUACUUGCUCAGCGGGUGUGGCGGCUGGAGGCUGUGGCGGAAUGGGUGGUGGUGGAUGUGCUGGUGGCGCAGCGGGUGGCUGCGGUGGCGGCGGUGGAGGCGGCGGAUGUGGCGGAGGCGGUGGUGGAGGCGGUGGUGGAGGCGGAUGUGGUGGCGGCGGCGGCGGCGGAGGCUGUUAAGCUUCGGAAAUACCAGACGCCACUGUGCUUCUGGCUGUCAUGACGAGAUGUAACACGACAAGUCUGUUAGGGUGCUUGUAUCAGGUAUCUUAUCAAUAAUGAUUUUGGUGUUCUGAUUGUACUCUGGAUUGGCGUAAGCACGCGUUCCAAUGAAGCCACUACCCAUAAUGCAGUCUCUCCGGU